AUGCAGGGCCCCCGCUGCUGCCUCCUGCUAUUCCUCUGCCUGCUGCCACUGCCACUGCGUGCCACCGCCCUGGAAGACACUCAGACGCCACUGCCAACACCGUUCAGCACCUCUGACCCUACUGCCCAUCUGCUGCGCCGCCGUCCCUCGGCCCCGGUGCGACCCUACAGCCUCUCGCUCUCCCCCGAGGACUACCGCUACGCUCCCAAGCCUCGCCACCUGCGACCCGGCCGACUGCGCCGGCUGCUGGGCCCGGCCUUUAACCCCUUCUGGAUGUCAUCGGAAGAGCCGCUAGGCCGCAACCUCAGCGCCAAGGAGGAUCUGGAAACCAUGAGCCGGGAGCUGGUGGAGGGCGGCGGGCGGCACCGCCGCAAGCUGUGGAAGGAGGCGGAGGGGUUGGAGCUGCCCCCCGAGCUGCCCGCAGACAUGGCGCGGCCCCUGCGGCGCUGGCUGGUGGAGAGAGCCUCGUGCCGUCUCACCUCCACAUGGGUGGACCUGGGGCCCGUCUUCUGGCCCCGCUGGGUGCGGCAUACCGCCUGCAGGACCGGCCCUCCCGCCUGCUCGUGGCCCCCAGGCAUGGCCUGUCACCCGGCCCAGCUCGCUCACCUCAAGCUGCUGGCCUGGCACUGCUGGGCUGCACGGCCACCCGGCUCCCUGCACUGCGCCUGGCGGCAGAUCCCCUAUCCUGUGGUGGUGGCCUGCAAGUGCUCCUGUCGCUGA